CAAUUUGAACGGGUCACUGCCUCAACCUUCGGGAGUAUUCCUUUUUUCCAUAUUUCUCUGUUACAGAAAGUCAGGUCAGAUAGAGUGAUUGAUUGAUCCUGUGUUGUGUUGUGUUGGAGAUGGAGGCCCCUAGGCACAGAUUACACUCUGGCUUGCGUUUAUGGGAAUUUCCUGAUCAGUACGUUAUCGAGCCGACUGAUGGUUCGGCCGCUCCAUGCUUGGACAUUAGUCGUCUUGACGGCUCCAUGAAGCUCAUUGAUCAAGUCGCAGAAUGCAACUCUUUGCGUGUCCCUAAGAUCCGUUCCAUAUUCGGUGUCGUUGGGGUGCUGAAGCUCCUGGCAGGAUCAUACUUGGUGGUGGUGACAGAAAGCCAAUCUGUUGGCUCGUUCCUGGGGCAUCCCAUUUUCAGAAUUAAUUCACUCAAGGUUCUUCCUUGUGAUCAUUCACUUAAAAACUCGCCUGAAGAACAGAAAAAGGUUGAGACCGACUUCUCUAGGCUGCUAAGUGUCGCAGAGAGGACAAAUGGUCUCUACUUCUCAUAUGAAAUUAACUUGACUCUCAGUGCACAGCGCUUGCAUGAUCUGGGGGAUGAGUCUAAGUCACUUCCUCUGUGGAGACAGGCUGAACCUAGAUUUCUUUGGAACAAUUAUAUGUUAGAAGUGCUUAUCGAUAAUAAGCUUGAUCAGUUCUUGCUUCCAGUAAUUCAAGGAAGUUUCCAUAGUUUUCAAACAGCCAUAGGAAGAGAUAUCGUUGACAUUACUCUGAUUGCUAGGAGGUGCACCAGAAGAAAUGGUACACGCAUGUGGCGAAGAGGAGCUGACCCUGAUGGUUAUGUUGCUAAUUUUGUGGAGACUGAGCAAAUUGUACACAUGAACGGAUACACAUCAUCGUUAACUCAGAUUAGAGGAUCCAUGCCUUUUAUGUGGGAGCAAAUUGUUGAUCUGACCUACAAGCCCAAGUUUGAGAUUGUCCAACCUGAAGAAGCUGCGAGGAUAGCUGAGCGUCACUUUCUGGACCUCAGGAAAAAAUAUGGAUCAGUUUUGGCUGUUGAUCUUGUCAAUAAGCAUGGAGGUGAGGGGCGCUUAAGCGAGAGGUUUGCAGGUGCUAUGCAGCACAUCAACGGUGAUGAUGUAAGAUACCUGCACUUUGAUUUUCAUCAUAUCUGUGGGCAUAUUCACUUUGAACGCUUAGCAAUUCUGUAUGAGCAGAUGGAGGAUUUCCUUGACAAAAGCGGGUACUUUUUGUUGAAUGAAAAGGGUGAGAAAAUGAAGGAGCAGUCUGGUAUUGUGCGCACUAACUGCAUUGAUUGUUUAGACCGUACAAAUGUCACGCAGAGCAUGAUAGGCCGCAAGAUGCUGGAACUUCAACUCAGAAGGAUUGGUGUUUUUGGGGCCGAAGAAGUUAUAAGCUCGCAUCCUAAUUUUGACGAGCGCUAUAAAAUAUUAUGGGCUAAUCACGGUGACGACAUUAGCAUUCAGUACUCCGGCACUCCUGCACUUAAAGGAGAUUUUGUCAGGUAUGGUCGAAGGACUGUUCAAGGGAUCCUUAAUGAUGGCUGGAAUGCCCUCGCACGCUACUACCUGAACAACUUUGCUGAUGGAACUAAGCAGGAUGCGAUUGAUCUUGUGCAAGGACACUAUAUAGUUGCUGUGAACCGAGACAUGGCUCCUGUGCCUCGAAAGGGAGGUCUCGAGGCUGUAGCCAACUUUCCAGUGGCAUUGGCUGUUGUUCUGAUCAGUUUAUGGUUUGCAACCAUGUCUGUGAAACGAGCUGGGAGCGAUUACAAGCACUUGUUUUUCUCAUUGGUGUGGGCGGGCAUCAGUGUGGCUGUCACAGCAUUCAUGAGGGCCAAUGGCCGGAUCUUCUGCAACAGGCCUCGUCUGCACAAGCCCAGACCUUGAGGCUUGCCUUUGUUUCCUCUCAUGGACCAUUCAGAUUAAACCAUCGAUCCAUUCCAGUUUUUGAAUGGGACUAAAGUUUGAGUGAGAUUUCUGUUGGAUAUAAUAAAUUUGUAUUGGGCCUCAACCAAAUAAAAAGGGCCCGGAAUAUGCU